ACCGAAAAAGAUACAUUCUCUCUCGCAAAAUCGAACGGAGCGGACGUGUCGCGCGUGCCGCGUAGGUAGACAGCCCAUAGAUACAAUUUCCCCUGGCUCGAAGGUGGUGUGUAUUGCAGCAGAAGCAGAAGUAGAAGUCUCUCUGCAUGCGAGAGCGUCUCUGUGAAAAUUCAAUAAAACAAAGAGCCAAGUGAAAAUCGGUUCCAAAUGCCAAUUGUCUAGCGAUUCGAGAGAAAAAUCAAAGGGAUAUAACUGCCAUAAGAAAAACUGUGUUGGUGUACAGCUUAAUACCCGCUGUGUGUGUGCUUCGUGUGUGUGAUUUGCCUGAUACGCUUUAAUUAAUAUCAAUAAGAAGUGCAAAAAAUACAACUUUGUCUGCCUGAAAAGUAUCUAGACCCCAAUUAUUCGCCGAAGAGCAUUCGUUUUAAUUCGAUUGACACAGAGAUUGAGAGGGAGAGAGGGGGAGACUUAAAAAGAGAGUGGGAGAGGGAUCCCAAACACCAGUACGGACGCAAAAUAACUGUGCAAAUGGUGGUGGAGCAGCCAGCAGCAACAACAAAAAACAUGCAAAUGUAGCGCCGCUCUCCUCUCUUUGUCGCCUUGCUUUUGCGCAGAGAACUCCGGCGAAUUGGCCGGAUUCGCCGCAGCUGUGUGUUUGGAAACACCUUGCUCCAAUAUUUUAACACCCCCCGUCUGAGAUACCCGAUUUUGCACGACCAUCGCAGUUUCAGUCUCAGUUUCGGUUCGCUUCGUGCGCUUUCUGCUGCCCUGCAGCGGAAAAUUCAACGAAAAUCAGCCAGUCACUUGCAGAAACUCCCAAAAAAUAGGAGAAAAGAAACAUACCGAAAUCGGCAUAAAGGUUCUUGCAUUUUCCAAUGCUGGUUGACUGCGUUUUACAUGCGAUUUCCUCCGUUGCUUUUUCACCUAAGACAACAAGAAGAACGGGUAAAACCAGGAAAGCGGCAAGAAGAAGAGCUUCAGCACAAGAAAAAGAAGAAGCAGCAGCUCCAACAUUGUCGCCGCGACAUCGUCGUCGACGUCAGCGUCGCUGCAGCGCAGCAGCUUCAUCAGCUAGCCAUGAACUACAACUGCAACUACAACAACAACAACUACAUCUGCAGCAGCCCCGACAACAACAACAAAGACAGAGAACAGGACACACAGCAUCAGCAGCCACAUCAGCAACCAAUGCAGGCGACACUGAGGACGGCGAGCUCCAGCUCCAGCUCCACCAGCUCCACGUCCACAUCCAAGACGAGAGCAGGAACAACGUCGUUAAUCUAUUUACCGCCUUUCUGCUGUCCAUGUAAGCAUGUGCCUGCGGUCGGCACCAGGAGGCGGAGUCGAAGCCAGACUUUGAGCCGUGGCAGCGGGAGUUGCCACGGCAGCUGCUGUUGUCCGCCCGACUGGGAACAUAAAAAUUAUGAUAAACAUGCUUCAGCGGCCACGUUGACACCAGCAACAGCAACAGCAGAAGCAGCAGCAGCAGCAACAACCAAAACAGGACCUGCAGCGGCAACAAUGUCCUCUUCCUGGGAUGGUAAAUUCCUGCUGCCGGGUAUUCAGUUACCCGUGGCCGCAGCGGGGCAUAGUUGCCCCGAUCUCCGGCAGACGUCGCAAUUAGUUAUCCCCACUGUUGCUGGCGGGGAAGUGCAGGUGAACGUGGAAGGCGGCGUCUUGGAAUGCGGCAAGCGAUGCUGGCGACGUGAGCGAAUCCGGCGCGAAGGACCAAGUCAUGCGUCUGCGGCGUCGCUUGCCCAGGUAAAUCCAAUCAGCACUAGCCCAGCAACAAUGAAAGGAGCAUCAGGAGCGGGAGUGGCAGCAACGACAACCGCGCACAAUUCGCAAACAACGACAAAAACAACGGCAAGGGGCACAACUGGUGCAGCGUUGCCGCAUGAUGAAGAGUAUGAUGAAUGUAGGUGCUUUAACUAUAACGGUGAUAUUAGUCUGGAUCGGCGGGGCGAGGCCGCGGAACUUUCCGGCAUUACGUGGCUGAUGUUCUUGUGGCAGCAGCUGCUGCCGGGCAACGGAAACAAUACCCACACCCACACCCACUCGCACUCCCACGAAUCCAGCUUCCCAGCGGGGACAACAACGAAAACAGCAAGGAGCAGGAGCUGCGCCAUGACGUCGACACAAAGUUGGCUGGGACCGCUGCUUAUGCUUCUUUUGGCCACGUCCGUCAGCGGCUGGGGCGGUCGGCAAGAUGCGCCCGCAAAUUGCACGUUUCCGGCACGAUGGGAGGGCUCCUGGUUCCUAUCCGGCUAUCAGCAAUCCAUACACAUCAAGGGCUCCCAGUUCAGCUAUCGCGGCAGGUGUGCGGCCUCCGAUGGUAACAAAUAUCUGAUUGUCGACGAGAAAGGAUGUCAUCGUUGCCUGGUUAUCUAUGAGAAGCAUAAAAAUGUGCUCCAAUAUAAAGAAAGUGAGUGCGAAGGUGAUAGUAUGUAUAUGCAUCAGUCGAACCCAUCUGCACUGGCGAUGCGUAGCUCUAAUAAACAAAGUGAUCAUAGGGGGGGAGCUCAUCCCAAUACGAACGGGCAUUCAAGACUAUCUUCAUCGGAUCAGUACAUAAUGAGAUCCAAUGACGAUAUGAAUGAUUCUUCCUUGGGCCCCUUGCCGAAUUACUGGGGAGUGUAGAGAGCUGCAUACCAUAAAUAUAGCCUCGUGCAUUAAAGCUAAAUUCGACAGAACUGCAAACAAUAAAUACCCGUAGCCACAUAAAAUAAUCACCAUCAGCAGAAGCAGAAUCAGAAUCAGAAUCAGAAUCCGAAGUCGAGGCAGAAGCAGAAGCAAAAGCAACAACCUCAACGUAAACGACAGUUGUAUAAAUGUGAAUAUGAACAAUGACAAUAACACACAACGCUGUAAAUAAAGGUCCAAAUUCCAUAUAUUCUCUUGUACAGAUAUUUAAUUGUGUUUGUUUGUUGGUACAUACAUACUUACAUACAUAUUUACUACUGAUUGAUUUAAUUUUCAGUUUACUUUUGAGAUACUGUUCGUUGUCACCAAUUGAGACGCUUUGAUUUUGUUUUUUGAAUAUUAUAUAUAACUCUUUGUAUUUGUACAUGAUUAUGAUUAUUAAUGUUUAUAUUAAUCCACUGCUAACAAAAAAUCAAAAAUCAUCAUCAACUUUGUACAGUAAAACCAUGAGCGAGCGAAACUAAACCCAAAAAAUUAUGACAAACCCAAUUCAGGAGCUUCGGCCUUCGACGAAGCUGAAAGUAGGAUUUCCAAGAUUGGUAGCGGUGCAUGAAGAGAUGUACAUAUGUACAUAAACACACUUGUAAUAUAUAACCCAUACCUCUAAGUUUACCAUUCUUUUCUCACUUAAAACUUCAAAUUUGAUUGUGAUCCGAGCGAACGGUUUGUAAAUCUCCUUAUUAUGAUUAAUAAUGUUUUCGAAAUAAUUCUUUGCCUUGUUUUUCUUAAUCAGAUUAAGUCUGCCAAGCUCUUGGAAAUCGUACAUCCCAAACGUCCAUUCCAUUUCAAAGAAUGCCUUUCGAAUUUCAUUUAACGGUUUGUUAAGUUUCCUCAGUUGUCCGAUCCCUAAUAUGCACCCAACCGCACCCGAAAUCCCCACCACAAUCCCUCACAACUCCCGCUUUUGAUUUCUGUUUUCGCUUUAAUGAAAAAGGAUUUAAAACAGGAAAAAUCAUUUGUUUCCAUAGAGCCUACGAAAGCGAACUCGAGACACAUCUGUAUAGAAAGCCAUGCGCUCAUUACUUUUACCCACUCUCUGUCAUACUUUGUUUUCUAUAUCAAUUUCGUGGAUGUCUAAUACAAAAGGAUUUCAGCUAAAUUUUGUGCUCCUUUGCACAUGCCUAUGAGAAAAAAAAAAAAAAAACGAACCACAACCAAAAAUGAAAGAAAAGUGAUAUAUAUUUAGCCACGAAUAUAUAUCGAGUACAUCUUUGUAUAUGAUGAUGAAAUGUUGGGAUGGGCUGCCCGGUGACCGCUAGUAUAAUUGUCUCAUUUAUCAAUUACUUAUUGUACUUUCUUCUUACUACAUUCUACCUAACCUAACAACCUACUACUACUUUACCUUACUACUACCUAACCUACUACUACUAUUCGUACUACUAUUUGCUCUAUGGGUUCACCAUUCUGUGUUGUUCUUUCCUUUUCUGUGUGUCCGUGUUUGUGUCCUUUUGAGUUCGAUUCCUCCUCGGUUGUUUUUGGUUUCCUCAGUUGCUUUGUUGCUGUUUAAUUAGUUUCUAUUCUGUUUUCGGUUUCCCCUCCGUUCUGUACAUACAUGUGUGUAAUUUAAUUAAUGUAAUUUUAACAUGAAACUCAACAAUUUCUGCUCUCGGUUACUCAUAAGUUACGAUUGUGUCGUUUGUUCGUUCGUUGGUUGGUUCAAUCCUUUGUUCCUUCUUCUUUCUAGCUGUGUGUGUCUCUCAUUUAUCAUUGCGUUCGUUCUAAGUGUUGUUUGUUGUGCGUGUGCGUUAGAAUGUUUUGGGCCACUACUCUACUCUACUGUAAUUUAGUCCGGCUAUCUAAUAUAACUCUGCGCUUAACGGUCGGUCCGACCACAAAACCAAAAAAAAAAAAACAAAACAAAACAAAUAAAUCGUAAAGAGAAUACCGAAAACCAACUGCUAAAGUAUUAUAAUUUAUUUUCCAGUUUUUUCUUACGUUUUUUCCAUGUCUGUGAUGUCGUUUUUUGCCUUGUCAUGAUAUACUCCCAUAUAUAUGCUACAAACGCUUCUCCGUAGAAUUUGACCAUUACACGCACACACACUCCAACUAAAAAAUAUUAUGAAAAACAUCCGACACCCACACACAUAUGACACAUGACACACGACACUCAUGCACUCAUACACUCAUACGCUCAUACGCUCAUACAUCCAGACACUGCCACGCCCACCCUACACCUUUCUUUUGUGCCUUGUAUAACUCAUAAAGUGUAGUUGCUACUUAAUUACAAUCAUUACUCAAAUACGACACAAGGCCGGUAUCGUAUACCCAACCCCCACUAAAGUCGAUUACACCCGUGUGUAUCCUGCAUAUCCUGGCUUUUUACACCACAACACACACAUAAUUGGUAUUUUUCCAUAAUUUGUUACUCUUUUUGCGACUCUGCGUGUGCCUGUUUUUGAGUUCCUUGUCGUAGCCUGUGUAUUGCUAAAGAACAAACUGAAACAAUUCAAUUUGUUGAAAAAAAAAGUUUACGAAAACCAAAUACGAAACCGUUUGUUGUGUGCCUUUUUAGCUGUAAACAUUUUGUACUAUUCAGAACAAUGCCUGAAUGUGUUUUAUGUAUAUAUUAUGACCAUAUCUGUAUCUGCUGAUGUAUACUUAUACGAAACGGAUUUUAGUUACAAUUAACUUUUACAAUAACUCUACAACUCUUACCAGUUAAAAAGAAAAAAGAAAAAAACAAAAAGAAAAAGAAAAAAGAGAGGACCCUUUACCAAAAGAACAUAUAUAUGCCACAUAUAUAUCUCUCGCGUUUGCCAUAAAAACCAGAAACUACCGAUUACCCAAUUUAUUCAUCAUGAGUAAAUGUUUGUUAUUAUUUUUUAGUUGAUUCAAAUGUUAUGCUUGCUCUAGCAACAAAUACCUUUUAUAUACAGCCCUACCAGGCACUAACAUUAUUUUACAACCUUAACCGCCUCUGUUACUCCGCCCAUUUUCCAUUUCCCAUUUCCCGAAACCCCCAACCCCCUAACCCCCCAACUCAUUCUCAAUCCGAAUCCCAAUCCAGAUCCCAUGCUUUUGGUUUCAGAGCCGGAAGAACAAGAUGAACCAAGUGUGUGUUUUUGCUUUUCGUUUCAUUUUUUUUUUUUUUUUUGAACGUGUCGUGCCUUUCAGUUGAGUUU